GUAGUUUUUAAUGACGCAGUUCAUACCAGAGUCGCAAAUGGAACAAACGCUACAGAAGGGGAAUUUCCUUACAUGGUGUCCGUAAGAAGUUUUGAAAACGGAAGACUGCAUCAAUGUGGUGGUACAAUCAUAGCAGAGAAAUGGGUACUGACUGCAGGACAUUGUAUCGAUGAGACGGUAUCUGCUGUUCGUUAUGGUUCCUUAUUAUUGUCUCAAAAUGUUGUCGACAGUAAUCACACUAUAGGUAUCAAGAACAUAUUUUUACAUCCAGAUUACAAUUUUACUCUAUGGAAUUUUACUUUGUGGACAAUGACCAACGAUAUUGCUUUAAUAGAGUUAAACGAAACAUUAACAUUUAACAAGGACGUCCAGCCAAUCAAACUGCGAGAAUCGAAUAAUGAGGUUUCUGCCGAUCUCAUCAGCACGUUAUUGGGCUGGGGAUAUAUCGACAGUGCCUUUAACAGAUACGACACGCUGCAAAAGGUUCAGCUGAUCACCUUUUCGGACGAUUACUGUCUUCGAUAUUACAACCCUAUUCAAUUCGUCAAGAAUAUGUUCUUUUGCGCUGGAAACCUGGAUAACACGAAGGGAUUCUGCAGCGAGGAUUCUGGUGGUCCACUUAUAGUUGAUAACGAGCAAAUCGGAAUUGUUUCGUUCGGAUUGACACCCUGUGCCUCAGGACCAGGUGUCUACACCAACAUUUCGCCCUACAGAGAUUGGAUAACAAAGGUUACCGGAGUUUGACGUUAGAAAGGCCUGUUUGUGGUUCGCACAUUUACUGUUUGGACAAAAUAAAAACAAUUGAUAUUAUUAAAUACUUCUGAAACAGUUCUUUGUUAUCGUUAAGUGUAAUUAAUACCAACAGCACGCCACACUAUACCCACUAAAUAUU